CUGAACGUGUAUUCUUAAGUAGUUUUGAGUUUUUCGAUCUUUUUUUUUUUGAAUAAAAAUGUGUGACCAAGAAUUUAGAACGCUGCGAAUCGAUCCGCGCUACCCUUUUACAAAUCAGACAAAGGCAUGUUACGACAACUACUGUGAUUACUACAAGUGCACACGUCUUCUAGGCCAGGUGGACGAUUGCAAGAUCUUCAAAAGAUACUUCGAGACAAUUUGUCCAAACGCGUGGAUCUCCCAUUGGGACGAAUUGCGAGAGAAAGGAGCUUUCCCUGGACCAAUCUGAUUGUGAUGUUGAAGGUUUGUCUUG